UCUUUAUCACAGCCUGAGACACAGCUCAGAGAGGGAUAGUAGGCAGGCAGCUUAGGAUGACACCACUCAUGGAAGGCAGAGUCAGACCCUGACUCCAGCCCUUGUUUGUAUAACCACUGCUCUGCUCUGCCUCCAGGGUUUGAUUUGGUAAAAAUUCAGGACCCAUAAGAUUCAGAGGGCAUGCAGAAUGGUGGGGACACUCUGGAGGCCUUUCCAAAGUGGGGAGGGACUAGGCCUUGGGCCCUGGAGAAUUCCACCAAGUCUUAGGUAGUUUGGGGGACUGACCCAGGGUGGUGGCCUUCCCUAGACUCACAGCUCUCCCUAUAGAAGGACUUGGGGAUAGACAUGCUGCUGAGCCAUCCAUGUGUUCUUAGCAGUAAAGUUUAACUGGCCAGCCUCUUGCCAGGGCAAUUUGCCCAGCAUUACCAAGUGACCCAAUAGUACUUGGAAGACUGGAAACCCACACCUUGCCCAGGCAUUCAGUCUACAAGCUGAACUAGAUAUGGCAUCCUGCCCCUAGAGAUCAGGACGUUUGUGAGGCUAAGGUGAGAGAACUGCUUGAGCCCAUGAGUUCAAGACCAGUUUAAAGUUGGGUAUGGUGGCAUAUACCAAUAAUUCCAGCACUCUGGGAGGUUAGGUAGGAGGAUCAAAAAAUUUGAGCCCAACCUGGACAAUUUAUCAGAUUAACAAGACAGUGUCUCAAAGGGAGUGGAGGAGGAUAAUCUGCUGACCAAGCAAAUCUUGUCAGGCCAAGAUCUGGACACAGUCUGAAUAAGGCUAGAACCACGGCUGGGUUGGCCCCACUCUCACAUGGAAACCUUCCCACCUGUGGCGGCCCACAGUGAGCCAGAGCAUGGGGGCCUGCAGUCUGAAAUAAGUACUGAUGGAGAAGGCAAGAAGGCCUAGAGUCCAUGCAUAAGGCACCCUGCUUUCAGACCUCAUAAAGCCCCUGUUCCUCCAGAGCCUGUGUAGACCUGGGCAGCCCUUUUACAGCAACCUGUUAGACCAGUUUUAAUCUAAAACAAAUUUGAGCUUUGCCAGAAAUUCAACCAGUGGGCUCCCCACCCUUCACCAAUUCAGUUGGGCUACAUAGCCAGUCAACCAGGGAAUCACUCCAGUAGUCACUCUUGGGCAGCAGGCUACGUCUGAGACUGAGACAGAAGAGGCUCCUGGAGGUUUGAUUCUGGCCAAAUCGCAGCCCAGGGAUGGCUGAAGAGUGGCUUGGCAGGCUUUGGGGAAAUGUAGAGAAAAUGGAAGCUGAUAACUCAUCAUGAGUCCAAGGAGAUGCAGAGCACCUGGGGAGACAAGAGCUCCUGUUAUCCAGGAGGCUACCACAGGGGCUGGAGCAUUCCUGAUGUCAGAAGUAAGUGGGCAGGUUGACUGACCACAGGCAUCUAGAAUCGGCAUGAACUCCAAGAUCUCAUCUACUCAGGACUGGUUUAACAGCCGCCCACCCACCACUGAGCCUGACCUGGAGUCUACCACUGAUGGACCCACCUCUGAGACCCUCAGUUCAGAAGCCACAAGCUUCAAUGACACCAGAAUCCCUGAUACAGCUAGUGGUGCAGCUGGUGUGGGUACCAUGCUUCUGUCCUUUGGAAUCAUCACCGUGAUUGGCCUGGCUGUGGCCAUGGUUUUCUACAUCAGGAAGAAGAAGAGGCUGGAGAAACUACGCCAUCAGCUCAUGCCUAUGUACAACUUUGACCCCACGGAGGAACAAGAUGAACUGGAGCAGGAGCUGCUGGAGCAUGGGCGAGAUGCAGCCUCUUUGCAGGCCAUGCAAAGCAAGAGCACUCUCCCCUCCCAAGGACCUCUGCAGAGGCCCAGCCGACUGGUGUUUACUGAUGUAGCCAAUGCCAUCCAUGCGUGAGUGGCCCAAGGACAGGCCUGAACCUCUGGUAAAAGACACCUGCUACAGCGCCCACAGAGCUGCCCACUACCUGAUUGUCAAGACCUAUUCUCAGGACCUGACCUGCCAAGACAGGAAAAGGCUGGCCAGCCCCAGCUGUUCUGCUGACCCACCUGCUGACUCUCCAGGCCAGCCAUCUGGCCACUGACCUCUUCUGCCUGACAGCCCUAGCACAGAGGGCAUUCUCCAUACUAGGCAGAUCCAGAGCCCACAGCUGGCUUCCUUACCUCCUGGCCACACCCCUCACACCAAGGUCUGCUUCUCUAAAUUGGAAGAAAUGGAGAGAGACAUGGGCUGGGAGGGGAAUAGGGAUAUGGGAUGUGGCUGUCCUCUGCCAGGGGGAGACAUUGUUUCUUGAAUCUAGGGCUUCCUCUGGAGUGGGGGGAGAGCAUUCCAGGCAAAAGCAGGGCUGGUGCAAAACAAAAGGGAUGGUAAAAGGCCACUACCCAGGUCAUGGAAACAGGGUAGAAUAGCACCUGUUACAAGCCCUGAGAUGCGCAAGAUGGAGCUGAAACUUCCCAGUAGACAAGAUGCCAGUGAGAAGGGCUGCUCAUACCCAAGGUCCAUGCAAAUCACAGAACAUCCAUGGGGUCUCCCAGCCACCUAUCCUUGGAAGUCAGCUGUUUGCUGUGCCCAGAGAAGGAUAGAAGCUGAGGGAAAAGGAAUUGGAAAAAUUAUGUGGAGGGAUACAGGUUGGAGACCUGCAGAGAGGCCUCACACUCCCAUACAAAUGGGUCCACAGACAGAUGCAUGCCUGUCCCAGCACGGGGUAGGAUGGAGAAUUCUGCAUUGGCUCUACACUCCAAGCCCACCUCCAUGCCGUGCAUGUAGUGGAGGAUCACAUAGGCCACUUCCUCUGACUUCCAUAAUCAGGGGUAACAAGGAAGAGGGAAGUAAAGCCAGGUUCUAUCAUCCACAACAUUUCUUCACUGGGCUCUAUGAGAUGACUCUGGAAUCUGGUCUCAAGGAAAGGUCUGAGGGCAGGGCCUAGGCUGUAGGCUGGUGAGUAGUCCCUUCUACUUGAGAGGGGGUCCACUUUGGGAAAAACACGUAGGAUGCCUAGCCCAUGUUUUCAUCUUCCCCCAUCUAUAUGGGAAGGGCUUCUCAAGAGUGGAGAAGAGGAUCUCUGCCCUUGGCCUCUUUAGCAUUGGAGGGUGGCAGCUCAUGCCAGUGGCAUCUGGGAAGGUUGUUGAGUAGGACAGACCUCAAGGGUUGGGUGAGUCUUCUACACUAAGCAUGCAUGCACUCAUGGCAGUGCACAGAGACAUGUCCCCAUGCCCUGCCUCACGUCACUGUCUUGCCCUGCUUGGAGAGGACACAGGCUGGCACAAACGGAUCUUCCGUUGGCUGUCGGCAGAUGACAGCUUAGGAGGCCCUGUGGGGAAGGUUCUCAAUUUAUUCCCUCCUCUAGAUACUAUAAAUAUAUUAGCACUUGAGCAACUGGAGGGCUGCGGGUAAUUUAGGAUGCACAAAAAGCUGUAAUUUAACUCACAGUAUCUCUAUGUGAGAGCAUUAAAGAUGUAAUUAAGAUGUUUA